AUGCCUUGGCUUGACAUAUGCCCACCCCUCUGUUCAAGGCUAUGCGUUGGUUUUGGUGUUCUUGCUUCAGCGGAGUCAUCCUCCAAGGGAUCAUCUGAUGAUCUCGGCGAGAAGUCUGAGAAGAGCGCUGGCUACGUCAAAACGACCGAGGUUCCAUCUGUGGCCGCACCCCUUGGUGUCCCGGCGGACGAGAAAAGAUUCUGGUGGCAACGCAAGAAAACCUACGAUCCGAAUGCUAUUGCAACUCAACCUUCAGUAUUUGAUGAUCCCGACACGGCCAAAGAAUAUCAGCCCCCUUCGACAUGGGAGAAUCUGCAUCGAUUCGACCCAUCUGCACGAUGGACAUGGGGAGAAGAACACAAACUGAUCCGCAAAAUUGACCUCAAGAUCAUGAUCUGGGCUUGUGUCAUGUUCAUGGCGCUUGAGCUUGACCGCUCUAAUAUACAACAAGCAGUCACUGACAACUUCUUGAAAGAGUUGAAAAUGAACACCAAUGAUUUCAAUCUUGGAAACACCGUCUUCAAGCUGUCGUUUUUGUGCGCUGAGCUGCCCUCUCAAUUGGUGUCGAAGUGGAUCGGGCCCGACAGAUGGAUCCCCGCUCAGUUGAUACUCUGGUCAAUUGUCGCCUCUUCUCAAUUCUGGCUGAGCGGUCGCCAGAGCUUCUUGAUCUGCAGAUCGAUCCUGGGUAUCCUUCAAGGUGGCUUCAUUCCGGACAUUAUUUUGUAUCUGUCCUACUUCUACAAACACCAUGAGCUCUCAAUCCGCCUUGGGUUCUUCUGGACCGCCAUGUCUCUCUCCGAUGUAUUGGCGGCAUUCUUGGCAUACGGACUACUACAUCUGCGAGGCUUGCACCACCGAUCUGGGUGGCGCUGGUUGUUCAUGAUUGAGGGUAUUUUGACUCUCGUGAUUGGAAUUGCUUCUUUCAUUCUCAUGCCAGCGAGCCCUACUCAGACGGCAAGCAAGUUCAGAGGCAAAAAAGGCUGGUUUACUGCUCGUGAGGAAACAAUUCUCGUCAACCGAGUCAUUCGAGAAGAUCCCGAGAAGAGCAGCAUGCACAACCGGCAACCCAUCACGCCAAAACUCCUGUGGAAAUCUAUGUGUGACUACGACCUAUGGCUCCUCUACCUCAUUGGGCUUACAUUCCAAAUUCCUGAGACCACACCAACCCAAUACCUAACUCAGACUUUGAAAGGUCUUGGAUUCGGAACUUUCAAGACCAACCUCCUCGUCAUUCCAUCCACCGUAUUCCACAUGAUCACGAUGCUGGCACUUACCUACGUGGCCGAGAUCUGGGGCGAAUUAACCUUGACAUCCGCAUUUGGUCAGAUCUGGGCAUUGCCAUUCCUCAUUUACAUCUACCUAGUAGACAUAACCAAGAUCAACAAAUGGAAAGCGUUCAGUAUCAUGAGCUUGCUUCUCAGUUACCCAUCUGCGCAUCCAAUUCAAGUCGCCUGGAACUCUCGCAAUUCAAAUGCAGUCCGUUCUCGAACCGUCUCGGCAGCCUUGUACAACAUGUUUGUCCAAGCUGGCGGUAUAGUCGCAUCAAAUGUAUACCGCGCCGACGAUGCACCACGCUACAAACGUGGUGAUCGCGCUUUGGUCGCCAUCUGUGUUGGGAAUAUCGGGCUUUAUCUUGUGACCAAGACUUACUACGUUUGGAGAAACAACUCCAGGGAUGCUAAAUGGAACGCGAUGACUGAGGAUGAACGCGUCAAUUACUUGGCUACGACGACUGAUGAAGGCAACAAAAGGUUGGAUUUCAGGUUCGCUCAUUAGAUCAAAUGAGUCU